ACAUAACUGUUAAAAUUUGGCAAAACAAUCGACUCCAAGUGAGACAAAAGACCUCAGAUCGUCCUACAGAGCUUCACCUUCAGCUCGUACUCAGGGUUAGCUGGAAAAGUACCCUGGGAACGAUGAAUACUGGCAGCUGAUUGGUUGGAAUAGUAUAGGGCUGUUCAUCAUCAUCAUCAUCAUGGCGGAAGGAGGUGAACAUGAAAACAUCCCAGCAGAGCUUGAGGAGGACCCACCAGAGGAAAAGGAGUCCAAAGACACACCAACAGUUGCAGGAGGCAAAAAACGGAUGUUUCAGAAGGAAUUACGCUGUAUGAUGUAUGGCUUUGGAGAUGACCAGAACCCGUACGCUGAGUCUGUGGACUUACUGGAGGACCUUGUCAUUGAGUUCAUCACAGAAACGACACACAAGGCUAUGGAGGUAGGAAGACCAGGGAGGGUUCAGGUGGAGGAUAUAGUGUUCCUGAUCAGGAAAGACCCCAGGAAAUAUGCACGAGUGAAGGACUUACUAACCAUGAACGAGGAACUCAAGAAAGCCAGGAAGGCUUUUGAUGAGUCAACUUAUGUUAAUGUUGCCUAGACAUUCUUUCCUAUCUCUCAAUCAUCACACACACACACACACACACACACACACACACACACACACACAUACAUACACCCUCCUAUUGUUCAGAGAUACAUCUACAUUUGUAUAGGUCAAUCUGUCUACUCUUACUUUGUCUAUUGCUUCAGAUUAUUAGCAGCAAGCAAGAAAUCAGGCAGUGUUUUAGUUGUGUCAACCAUGUGUAUUUUAUCAUAUUUUACAUAUUGCUUCCUUUUAAGAAGCACUCCAUAUCAAACUCUUGCACAAAAACACUUAGAAUUGCUGAUAACACUUUGUACAUGUAUUUACACUAUUGUUUUCACAUAUUUAAGACUGUAAAUACUAUAACAAGUGGAAACCACAUAUUUUUUAAAUACGUAAUUUUUGAAACAGCUGUUCUAGUAAUACAGUAUUGAAGUGGGCAAACGACUGCCUGUGAACAAUUUCUUUUCUAUAAAAAGGAAAGACACUGCAA